UAUUUACAAUGUUUACCAUCUAAAGAGAAUGUAGAGACAUUUCAAACGUUAUAUCACAAGCCGAUACUUCCUAUUUAAAAAUCACACUGAUCAGAAGGAAAGUGACCCUCAAUCAUUAAUUGUGAUUCCGCACUAAAAACCCUGUUAAUGUUAUCGAAACAAUAUAAUGAAGUUAAAAUAAAUUUUGAGAAUUUUGCAAAGAGAAACCUAAGAAAAAAUCGCCUAACGUUAAAGCUAUGCCUUCUCUCGAACCUCAAAUCGAUGAAGAGUCUACUAAGCUGACUGUCCUCUUGAAAAUCGAAAAACCGCUCAUUUGUGAAGAAUGUGGAAAGUGUUUCUCGGACCACAUCGAAUUCGCUUAUCAUUCAAGGAAACACAGCGACCGCAACGUAUUCUCCUGCCAUUUAUGCUUCUUCACCGUGAACUCAAAAUUCCGAAUUCGAAGACAUAUAAAAGCUCAUUCGGGUUACAGAUGCCAGGUUUGCAACAAAACUUUCAAACGAGGCCGCACGGCUCUCAACCAUUCCUACCUUCACAGUGGUGAAAAACCUUAUAGAUGCAAGAUUUGCGGUAAACAGUUGGCCAACCCAAAAAGCUUAGAUACUCAUCUGCAUACGAUACAUCACGAACUGAUAACUGGGAAGCCUCUUAGCAAAUACGACUGUCCGAUUUGCAAGAAACAUUAUGAAUCCGAGACGGGUCUGAGAAGACACUACUCGAGCACCCAUAGGGAAAUGGGUGUCGACCUCACAGUGAUUUGUGAGGUCUGUGGCAGGCGAAUUUCAAACAGAACAAGACUAACUCGUCACAUGCGCACCCAUACUGGCCAAAAACCGUUCCCGUGCAGCAUUUGCAAUAAGAGUUUCGCCACGAAAUGUCUUCUGAUAUCCCACACGAGAAUUCAUACUGGUGAAAAGCCGUAUGUCUGUUCUUACUGUGGUAAGAGGUUUGGACAUUCGGCACCUUAUCGGUACCAUGUGAAAAUCCAUACUGGAGAUAGGAAGUACGUCUGCAAACUUUGCGGAAAAGGUUUCAUUUCUAGUAGUAAUUUGAAGAUACAUAUGAAAAGUUGUUAUAUGCCCGUAAAAACGGAAAUAGUUUGAUGAAUUUUUGAAAUUAGUUGUCAGAAUUGUAAGAAGGUUAUUGUUAAAUAAAUGUUGGAAUAAUUUUCAGAGAA